AAGACGUACAAGCACACGGCCACCGAACCAAGCAAGCAGCAUCGGACCAGCGGGCGCAUCGAUCGAGCCAGUACUCCUCGACCGGCCCGGCCAUAGAAGCAUAAUAACACUACAGGGGGUGUGGAGCGGAGAGGUAGAUGGCGAGCGGGAGCGGCAAGGCGAAGGCGUCGUCGUGGGCGGCGGCGAUGAGCGUCGGCACCGUGGAGGCGCUCAAGGACCAGGCCGGCCUGUGCCGCUGGAACUACGCGUUCCGGCAGGCGGCGCAGCAGCGCGCCAGGAGGCCAGCGGCAGGCGCGAGCGGCUCAGUCGGCCCCGGCAGCGGCAGCGGCAGCGCGCACGCGCCGCCUGCUUCUGCUCCCUCGGGCUGCGCCGCGGCGGCGAGGAGGAGAGCCAGGCAGCAGCAGGAGGAGGAGCUCCGGACGGUCAUGUACCUCAGCAACUGGGGUCCCAACAACUAGCAGCUACGAACUACCAGUAGCUGGUGAUCGCGCGAGCAGGCGAAGCGAAGCUGGCAGUGGCCGGGCAACAAUCUGAGAUGCAUGACCCUUCGUGACUACCCCUACUCUGUUGUACGAACGAUACGAUCGGCAAGGCCAGUGCUUGUGGGGAGACAUUGGCAAUUUUGCCAUUAUGAUUUGUGGGCUUCGCUAGUAUGCCAUCGGGCCCACAAAUCAUAGACACAGAUGGUCCCACCAGUCAUAGACACGGGAUGGCAUAAUAACAGACAACCAAAAUUGAGAGUGGCA